AGCGGCACCGCAUUCCCCGCCUGUUAGCCUAGCCUAGCAUCCUUCCAAUGCUCCAUGCAAGACGCAAAACCUCACGAUCGAGCUCCGCGAUUCGUUUUACCCGAUCUGUGGCAGUUCAAAAAUAAAAUCCAAACCCUCUGACGGACAUUUAAUCGGAGGAGCGGUCGAUCUGGCCGAAAACAACGUCAUUUUCAGUGAGAAGUAUAUGAUUGUCCCUCACCAUGUCAUCAGAAGAUAAGAAGCCAGAGACUGACACAAAACCUCCAGUUGUACCUUCAGCUUCUGCCACCCAGAGCAAGUCUGCACCUGCCAAGCCCAACUACAGUCUGAAGUUUACAUUAGCAGGUCACACAAAGGCCGUGUCCUCGGUCAAAUUCAGCCCCAGUGGAGAGUGGCUCGCCAGCUCGUCGGCUGAUAAACUCAUAAAGAUCUGGGGAGCGUAUGAUGGCAAGUUUGAGAAGACCAUAUCCGGACACAAAUUGGGCAUUUCGGAUGUAGCCUGGUCGUCUGACUCCAACCUGCUGGUGUCUGCCUCUGACGACAAAACACUGAAGAUCUGGGACGUCAACUCGGGCAAAUGCUUGAAAACUCUAAAGGGUCACAGCAACUACGUCUUCUGCUGCAACUUCAAUCCCCAGUCCAACCUCAUUGUGUCUGGAUCGUUUGACGAGAGCGUUCGGAUAUGGGACGUGAAGACGGGGAAAUGUUUGAAAACGCUGCCGGCUCACUCGGACCCGGUGUCUGCGGUUCACUUCAACAGAGACGGCUCCCUGAUCGUGUCAAGUAGCUACGACGGACUAUGUCGUAUCUGGGACACAGCAUCAGGACAAUGUCUAAAAACACUCAUAGAUGAUGACAACCCUCCUGUGUCAUUUGUAAAGUUUUCUCCAAACGGAAAAUACAUCCUGGCAGCAACACUUGACAACACGCUGAAACUUUGGGACUACAGCAAAGGAAAAUGCUUAAAAACCUACACAGGCCACAAGAAUGAGAAGUACUGUAUAUUUGCGAACUUCUCAGUCACUGGUGGAAAGUGGAUUGUGUCUGGCUCCGAGGACAACAUGGUGUACAUCUGGAACCUGCAGACCAAGGAGAUCGUCCAGAAACUACAAGGACACACAGAUGUGGUCAUCUCGACGGCCUGUCACCCCACAGAGAACAUCAUCGCCUCUGCAGCUUUAGAAAACGACAAAACCAUCAAGCUAUGGAAAAGCGACUGUUAAGAGCUCUGAGUCGACCUACCAACAUUACACAGUUCUUUCAUAUUUUAUUUCCUUUUUUAAAAUAAAGUUUUUGUUGUAAGAAAAGAGAACAUUUUUCUAACUGAAAGCCCCCUCGGAACCCGAAGUUGAACGAGCAGACUGAAGUGUUUAUGUCAGAUGUUUGUCCUGGAUGUUGGAUAUUCUGCCAUUGGUCCGGUUUCAAAGUGCAUAUGACAGGUUUGACUACUCAUUUCACCAAAACGUGUUUAAAAGUUAAAUUUAAAAUUUCACUAGAAACCUUACCACAUCUAUUUUGACUUAAUUGUAUUUCCUGAUUGGAAAUUGGAAGCAGAUGUGGUCCAAAAAAAAGAGGGAAUUCUUCCACUGUUACCUGUAUAUCAUACUUUAUUGUAAACAAUGAAACACACACAUUUACACUAUAUACCAAAUAUAUAUUUUUUGGCCUACGAUGGCUCUUUUUUAAAAAUACAUUUUUAAAUGGAAAAAAAAAACUUCAGUGUUGCACGUAAAUUGUUGUGUUUUAAAUGAAAACCUGUGUCUCCUGCUUCCAACGAUCUAUCUACAUUUUUUUUAAAAAACAGCACUACUUCUUGUAUUUCCUGUAACUUGUAUUUUUUUGUUCUUUCCUUCACGAACUGCCACUUGCCUUGCGUAUACAUAUUUACCACAGUUAUCCCACUGAAUUAAUUAUCUUUAUUACAAAAAAUUUAAAUCAAACACAAAAAAAUGAAAACCUGUCAUAUGCACUUUAAAGCUGCGUUGUGUAACUUUUCUCGUUGGAAUAUAAUCUAGCAUUUACUCCAUUAUGGCUGGUUUUAUCGCUGUAAAAUACUUUGGAAAAACUUGAUUCGGCCAUGGAAAAGCUACAAAAUCUCCAUGGAGACGAGAGAGAGGCGUCGCGGGCCCUCCACUAGAAAAGUUACACAGCGCUUUUAAGUUAACUCUGAAACAAUAACUCAUGCUUUUUCACUCUUGUACAGUGCAUCAAAUGGUUCUCUGGCUUGUCUUACCUGUCUAACUGUAUUGUAUUGCAUUGUCAGCUUGGCUUCACGAACAACAUCGCAACUUUGCCAUUUAGAAUUUCUGAAAACGUGGUCGCCAGCUUUCAAAUUUUUAUUUAUUGAAGCGGUCCCAUCCAAGUGUUCUCCUCAAAGCAAGAGCGCGCGGUUGUAUUUUUAAUGUCCGCGCUUAUGAAAAAGGCAUUCGCUCGGUGGUAAAAGCGAGGACACGGGCUGCUCCGAGACACGCAAGGAUUUCACAGUUUGAGCUGGCGAUUACGGGAAAGAAAAAAAAUCCAAAUUAGGGCUGCGCAGUAUAUUGAAAAACGAUCACAAUAUUGGCCAUUUUAAAGAGGGGGUAUUCAAAAUCACCUUUUUUUUUCAGUUUUACACCAUGUUAUAAAGUUGUUCCCUCGUCAAAAACAUGCCUCAAGUUGUUUCCGUGCAUGUUUGAUUAAUGUAGUGAUCUCUCCCAGGCCCUAUUCUGUCAAAUACAUGCCGAUUUUGUCAUGACAGCGCUCAGAAAGGGGAGUGACUUAGCGCGGAGAGCAAAGGGAGGGCUCAUACGUGUUAAUAUGUUAUUUUUGGUGAAUAUAGUGCUUUUAAAAAUACAAACUAUAACCGUAUGUUUACCUAAAUAUGUUAAGUGUUAACAGUUAAUUAUUGCCCCAUAGAAGUAAAAUACCCCCUCUUUAAGAAUAAGGAGCGAUUAAAGGUGCACUACGUAACGUUUUUCUCAAUUUUUGUCUGUUUGGAGAUGUUGAAGACCUAUUGUGUUUGUCUGCUACAUAGUUAUUAUAGUCGAUGACACCUGUGGAUUGUUAUAUUUUGGACAUUUUACAAAUUUAAAUGAGCGUAAAAAAGCUCUAAAAAAUUGAUUUCACAUAAUAGGUCCGCUUUAAUGCUUGGCCUGGAAUGUCACACAGUACGGCAUUAAACUGUCUCGCAUUUUAGUCAGUUGCAGAUGUUUUCGUUGCUAAGAUGGAAAAAAAACAAUGUGUGUUAAAGGGACAGUUCGGAAUUUUGGACAUAGGGCCUCAUUUUCUAGUGAGACUCUUUUUAAAUAUUCCAUCCAGUCCUUGUGUUUGCAGAGGUCGCUGGUGUUAGGCUAGUGCAUGUCAAUGGCCAUAGUUAGCCUGCCGCUAAAAACAGUCUUACCCACUCCACAAAACACCCGAAGCAAAACAGUUAUAACGCCAGUCUCUCGAUGUAAGUGUUGAUAGAAAAAUUUUAGAAGUAAAACCAACCUUGCAUUUGAAGGAUUUAUGUCUGAGUAGCAGCAGUGAGUUGUACUUUCUGAUAGAAAUCUUGGCAGCGGCGGACUGAUAUGAGAAAAUAGUCCCUCAACAUUGGGCGAUUCAUGCGAUGCAAGAUUAGUUUUAUUUCAGACAUGAUUCUAUCAACACAGACAUUCACAUCGACAGUCUGGUGUAAUAGUAAAUUUACUUUGUGUGCUUUGUGAAGUGUUUUUAGUGGCAGGCUAACUAUGGCCAUUGACAUGCACUAGCCUUGCACCAGCGACCUCUGCAAAUACAAGGACUGGAUGGAUUUUUUAAAAAAGCGUCUCCACACGUCUCCAACAGUCUGGCUCACUAGGAAAUGAGCUCCUAUGUUCAAAAUUGCGAACUGUCCCUUUAAUGUGUGACUGGACUCGCUUCUCCACAGAUCAGACCUGUAACUUGGCAUUCUAAAUGUUUGUCUCCAUGGCAAUUGAGAAGUUUAACGCUGUACUGUGGAUACUUCCAGGCCAAACCUUCUAGUAGAAAAGUUACAUGGUGAACUUUAGACUGCUUUUGGUUUGGGUCAAGUUUGGGUUUUGACAGAUCUUGGUUUGUAAAUAAAUGAAUUAAUUAGAGUUACAGUAUAAUAUCAAAUCAAAUACAGCUUUUUUUUAAAAGUAUAUAUCGCGCAGCCCUUAUUUGAAACCAACCCAGUACAGUGAAAUAAAAUGUCAGUAAACCAGUAGAAUUUUGUUUUGUAUGUUGAAGUUUUUGUACAUACUCCAUUAUAUUGUAUUGUGGUUUUGUUUUCCCCCCCUCCUCUUCUGCUCGAGUAGUUCAGCUCAUUAGUUUUCUGCACAAAGCCAACCUCUGUUGUAUGUAGUUGGACAGUUUUUUUCUUUUUUUUGGAAUAUGUUUAACAGCUACAACCUGUGACUUAAUAAACACGUUUUUGUACGUUUUAUGUUAGAAAA